UAUAGCGUUAACCCACGUGGGUACCUGCCCCAAAAUUUGAUUGGAAUGAUAAAGAUCUCUAGUUUAAUUGUAAGCUUGGUGGAUCAAGUUGGAGAUAUAUUUCCAGAGCCUUAAUAUAGCCAACUAAAUUACCGACUUUAGGUACAGGCGACAUAGCCGUUGAUUCGUCUGCUGUUGUCUGGUGUCAUGUGUGAAGAAAACAUUAAUUAGUGGAACUAAUUUUUACGCACACCAAUUAUCAACCACCUUCCAAUGAAAAUGAUAUCAUUACGACUUUUAACGAGAAAUGUUGGAGUGCCAUUAGCAGCGUCGUCACAGAGACUGCACACAUCUGAAAUCUUGUUCAAUUCGUCUUCUGAUUCUGAAUCAUCUGAUGAUGAGAUACAAAAAAAAAAAGUUGCAGUACCCGCAAAAGAAGGACCAGGAGAAAAUUCUGUUCAUAAAAUUAACGCGUUGUUACAGUCUAUGACACAGCCAAAGCGUGUACAACCGGUUAUUAAUGUUGCAAUAAAGCGAAAACCAGUUAAAACCAAAGCUCAAGUGAAAAUUCAAUCUGUAACCCAAAGUUUGUUCGAUAACAAAUUAGCUGAGGCGGCAAAAGAAGCAGCUGCAUCACUGGGAGGAGAUGUGAAUAAAACUGAAUCUGAACUAUUGAACAAACUCUUAGCAACUAAUAAACAGAAUCAAGAAUCCAUAGAUUUGAGCAAACUGGUCAAAGGAAUGACCGUUGAUCGUUCCAAAUCCACUGUAGAAUCAAACGAUAGGGCAGACCAGGUUCGCGCAGUCAUGCAGAAAUCUAAACGACAUCUGCCUAUCGAAAAUCGGGUGACUUCACUGAAAAGACAGAUGCAGAAAAAUCAAGGAAGCAACACUUCAAGGGUAGACAUUGACUCUGGGACUCCUAUGAAUCUAUUUCCACCAUCUUCUGAAAGUAAUCUCGAUCCUAACACACCCUCUCUCACAACCUGGGAUCUAUUGGAAAGCAGGGAAUUGAAGCUGUUGGUUACUCAUCCUCCUAAUAAUUUCAUUGAGCAGAUGAUUCAGUGGACCGAGCAACGCAAACUUUGGCGAUUUCCCAUCGACAAUGAACAAGAUAUGCAUGUUGAUGGGGAAGAACAUUUUUCCGAACAUGUAUUUCUGGAACAGCACCUAGAAGAUUGGUGCCCAACAAAGGGUCCAAUCAGACAUUUUAUGGAGCUCGUAUGCGUUGGUCUGUCAAAAAAUCCAUGGAUGUCUGCCCGGGAUAAAGAAGAACAUAUCAUGUGGUUCAAGGAAUAUUUUGACAAGAAGCAGGAACUAUUGAAAGAAUUAGGGAUCUAUGGCACAGCAGUAGGAGAACCUGACAAAAAGCAGAUAGAAAAAUAAAUGAUCAUAUGUCCGUAACAUUACUCAAAUGAGAUGUCCUGUGUAUGUGAAGUAGUAAACAAAUAAAAUGAUCCAUCAAAAGUU